AUGUCGCUCAAAUACCCUAAAUUCUUGUUGUUCGGUGACUCAAUUACAGAGUUUGCAUUCAACACCGAGCCCGACGAAAAGAUAGGACACCAAUUUGCCUUAGGAGCGGCAUUGUGCCGAGAUUACACGAGGAAGCUAGAUAUCAUUCAAAGAGGCUUUAGUGGCUAUAACUCUAGAUGGGCUCUUCAAAUCCUUCCCAAAAUCUUGGAAAGUGAGUCCUCGAGUGAGAUUGUAAUGUGCACUAUUUUUUUUGGCAGUAACGAUGCAGCUUCCGCUGGCAGACAGCGUGUGGAAGUAACAGAGUUCAUCGAGAAUAUUACCAGUCUCGUGCAUAUGGUCAAAGUAAAAAACAUUAAACCCAUUUUGAUCGGGCCCGGUCUUCAUGACAGCGAGCGUUGGGCAGAAUUAAAACCAGAUCAAAUUAGCCAGGGAACUUUUCGGUCUAAUGACUGUAAUAAGAGAUAUUCUGACGCUCUUCAACAAAUAGCAUUGAGAGAAAAGAUUCCCUUUGUCAACCUGUAUGAUGCAUUCCAGGAGCAGGGUGGAGAUCAAUGGCGAGAGCUUUUGUUAGAUGGAGUGCAUUAUACUGGCAAGGGUUACAAAGUGUUUUAUAACGAGCUUCUCAAGACUAUACGUUCAGCGUAUCCCGAAUUUGCUCCUGAAAACGUCAUUUACAAACUCCCCAACUGGAGGGACGUGGAAGAGGACGGCUCAAACUUGAAGGAGCUCCUUUAG